AAGAGACAGACAUGUACACUGUUACAAUACAGUUUUACAUACACAACUUGGGAAGUUUGUCAAAAUAUAUCAUUCUAUUUCAAGUUAAAAAAAAAGAUCAUUAGUACUUCUUCUUAGUUUUAAUAUUCCACAAUUUGAAUGUCUACUAACUGGAAGUCAUGCCUGAAAGUUAGAAACUGUAGCUAAAUCACGCCGCCUUGUGGCCGUGAACUACGCGUAUUGUAAAGUCUGUUGACAGUCGGCGACAGGCAGCGAGAAACUGACUGAGAGGGAGAUGAAGGAGAGAGAGAGAGGGGAGGGAGAGGUAGAGAGGAGGGGGUGGCAGUGAGAUUGUGAUUUUUCUCUCCAUUCCCGGCCUCUUUCUUAUCUAAUUGGUCCUAAGGGAACCGGGGCGAGUCCUCUGUAGGCAGAACCCUUUUUUUUUGCAGCUGCACAGCUUUAAUUGGCUGUCUCCACCGACGGAAUCACACCAGCUAUAUUCGACCAAAAACAAUUAAAAAGCCGAGAGCCCCUCAUCCUUCGCUGUCCCUCACUCACUCCCCCGUCAUUGGCGGACGCCACUCAAGUUGCAGCAGCACGAUACUCGAACUUCAGUUUAGGUGCGUCCGGAUUACAACCGUUCUACCGGCGACGUGGUCUUUGGCAACCUGUUUAACUAGACGCUCAUCAUAGCGUCCCCCUCUUGUCACCAACUAUCUCUCACAGGAUCGUUCUCAUUCUAGGCGCGUACUACCAUUGGCAAACGGCUUCGGACUACCCAGACGCGGAUAAGAGAGCAGGACCUUCUUCAAAUCGUCUUUCCUUUCGCAGGCUGAAGUGUACCAAUCUAUAUAUUUUAUUUGACAGUUCAGCUCAUUUUCGUAAGACUAAGAGUUUUCUUAUAUGACACAAUUAUUGUAUUGCCCAGCGUGUCAGCCCCGAGUGAUUCUUCUAUUGCACAGCCUGUCAGCUCCGGGUGGAUGGCAAAAGCCGCGCAUAUUUUCUGCUGGUCUGAUGUGGAAUUAAGGGGCGACUGGUAGAAAUUCUUCCAUAAGGCGCGGAGCCUCAAAAGUUGCCGCUGUGGAUGCGGUGGAAUUUUAUUGCUGGGCUGCUGUGACGACUGCAGCUGCAGAAAUUCUGUUCAACAUCACGGGAGUAAGGGUAGGCUAUCUUAAGUUUUUCCCCCCACACAUUUUUGCCGAAAGGGGUUUUCGUGCGGAUUUCGAGGGGGAGUGAAAGCUCGUUGGCACCUGCCAGCAAGCCGAAAGCACCAGGGUGUGGACUGACUUUAGGGUUGUCCCACAGCUUCGUUUCAUAGAAAGGUAAUGACGGAUCGGAGCUGAAGAUGGAGUUUUUCUGGAUUCUGUUAUUUUCUGUCAUCCAUGGUUACGCACGAGGGCAAGGAGUAUAUGCCCCUGCCAAUGCCCAGAUCGUGCACUCGGGGCAGGCGUGUGUGGUGAAGGAGGACAACAUUAGCGAGAGGAUCUACACCAUCCGGGAGGGAGCCACUCUAGUGCUUCAAUGCCUCGUGAAAGGCCAUCCACGACCACAGGUGCGGUGGACCAAGACGGCCGGCAGCGCCUCGGAGAAGUUCCAGGAGACGUUCAUCUUCAACGAGACGCUGCGUAUCACGAACAUCACCCGCAUGCAGGGCGGCCGCUACUACUGCAAGGCGGAGAACGGCAUCGGGGUGGCUGCCAUCAAGUCCAUCCGUGUAGACGUGCAGUACCUGGAUAAGCCCCUGCUGACGGUGCAUCAGACGAUCAGUGAUGUUCGCGGGAGCUACUACCAGGAGAAGACGGUGUUCCUGCGCUGCACAGUCAGCUCCAACCCUCCGGCCCGCUUCAUCUGGAAGAGAGGCAGCAGGACCAUAGAGCAGAACAAAGACCAGGGCGUCGACAUCUACGAGCCUCUAUACACACAGGGGGAGACCAAGGUGUUGAAGCUGAAGAACCUGAGGCCGCAGGACUUUGCCAACUACACGUGCCAGGUGUCUGUGCGUAACGUGUGUGACAUCCCCGACACCUCCGUCACGUUCCGCCUCACCAACGCCACCACUGCCCCGGUUCUGCGGCUGUCUGGAAACGAGACGCUGGUGGUGGACCCGGGCCGAGACGUGACCAUGUCCUGCGAGGUAAUGGCGGGGUUCCCCACUCCGGUGGUGACCUGGUCCCGCUACCCUGACAAACUGCCCAGGGGCGCGCAGGUCCGCGGCGGAUCCCUCACCCUCCGCUCCGUCAGCUCCUCCGACUCUGGCUUCUACAACUGCACCGCCGUCAACAACGUGGGCAACCCAGCCAAGAAGAACGUCAACCUCAUCGUCAGAAUGAUGAAGAACCUCACCUUCCAGAUCACGCCCGACUCUAACAAGGACAGCGAGAGCAUCCAGAUGGGCCGGGACCUCAAGCUCUCCUGCCACGUGGACGCUCUGCCCCAGGACAAGGUCAACUACACCUGGUACAAGAACGCUGUGCCCGUCUACCCCACGGACAGCCUGAUCGUGCUGCGCAGCGACCCGGACAUGCCCCCGGGCACCAGCAGCCUGGAGAUCGUGGACAUGAAGUUCCGUGACCAGGCCACCUACAGCUGCGUGGCCAACUUCCCCGGGAGCAGCGUGCAGGAGAUGCGCGUGGACAUCAACAUCACCCAGAGCAGCGUGACUCCCCCCAUCUUGACCGUGCCGCCCGGCGGAGCGACGGUCAGCGUGAAGGAGGGGGGCGUGGCCGAACUCGUCUGCCUGGUGGAUGGAAAGCCGCGUCCUCCCGUCCUGUGGUCGCGUGGGAGCAAGGACCUGACCAUGCCCAACGGCGAGUGGGUGGUGGAGACGCGGGACGGGCGCCUGCAACUCACCAACGUCUCCCGUGACCUCAUGGGCCCCUACCGGUGCCAGACGGCACCCUACAACGGGCUCAACAUCAAACGCCGGGAGGCCCAGGUUCAGCUCAAUGUCCAAUUUGCCCCCAUCGUGGACCCAGUUUUCCAGGAUGUCCGCUCCCCCAACUUCCAGACGGUGGUGCUGCGCUGCGUGGUGCUCAAGGCCAAUCCCUCGCGCAUAGCCAGCGUCCGCUGGUUCCAGAACGGGAAGGCCCAGACACCCCCUCUCCAGGACAGCCAGGAUACCCCCGUCUACCGCUUCAAGCUCGAGCCCGACAAGAACGGCACCUACGAGUGUCGCGUCUCCAACAACGUGGGGACCUCCACCUGCACCUUCCGUGUUUCAGCUCGCCCCUUUCCUGUGGAGUUCUACUACGACACGCCCAACCCCAUCCGUGUCCUGAAGGGGGAUAACUUCUCCUACAACCUGCAGUGGACCCAGAGAGAGCCCGCUGCCGUGGACCGCGUGAUUGGAUACUGGAUCAACAUCACACAGAGCGGCCAGCGCGUGUGGUCCAAGGUGUACACCCCUUCGGUCGAGCCGGCGAAAGGGGUGCUGAUGUCCGAGGUGAUCACUGACCUCCGCAUCGCCCUCACCUACGAGGUGGGACUCACCUCCAUCAGCAACUACGGCACAGGAGACCCCGUGGUGCGCAUCGUCCAGUUCUCAGAACCUUACACUUAUCUCAGGCCUUCAGAUUUUGUGUGUGGAUUUGAGGACAAACAGCUCUGUGGCUUCACCCAAGACAGAGGUGAUGAUUUUGACUGGACUCGACAGAACCACUUGUCCCAGAAUCCCAAGCGCUCCGCCAACACUGGCCCUGAUAUGGACCGCAGCGGGACCAAAGAAGGCUACUACAUUUACAUCGAGACGUCGCGGCCACGGAAGACGGGCGAGAGCGCCCGCCUGAUCUCGCCACUCUACAACGUCACCACGACCCGCGGCCCCACGGGAACCAUCCGCAUGCCCUACUGCAUCUCCUUCUACUACCACAUGAAGGGCAAGCACAUCGGAACACUGAACGUCCUGCAGAGGGUGAAGAGCAUCGCCUCCAUAAACACACUGGUGUGGACCCUCUCCGGCAACCAGGGGCCCACCUGGACUAAGGCCAACUUUGUCGUCACACCCAGCGGCCCUUUUCAGGUGGUGUUUGAGGGCAUUAGAGGGGAUGGUUACGAAGGGGACAUCGCCAUUGACGACGUGUCCGUCACCAAGGGGAAAUGCAAACAGGAUAACACCGGGUCCAACACAGCUGUUCUCUUGGGAAACGCACCUGCCACUCGUCCAGGCCCCCUGGCGACUUUGGCAACCUUUGCCGCCUGGUCCUGCCUGCUAUCGUUCUCCAGAUGAUGAUGAUGAUGACGAUGAAGGUCAAGAAGAAGAAGAAGAAGACGAUGACGACAUACAUCCACACAAACGCCCUCUACCCCCCUUCCCCUUCGGUGGAGACAGACACUGCCCCAUGCUCUCCCUCUCUUCCUCCCUUCCUUCCUCUUCCUCUUCCUUCGUUUCCUCAUAUUUUCUUCCUUUCCCUGCCUCGUCACAACCACUCUCCGUCUGCUAACGUGUCCCUGACGUAGCUGGCACUGCGUGCAGACCCCAUCUCUCCUCCCAUUUCUCUGUCACCAACACUGGGACCUCUUCAUUCGUGCAGUAAUACGGGUGCACUUCUUCAACUCAUACGUAGGACUGUGUGACUGUGCUCGCAUAUUUGGCUGCAUAGACUCCCCCUGCUUUUGGCAACCCCCUUUGUUCUUGUGUGUAAUUGUCACGUACUCUCAUACCUUACAUAGCUUCACUUAAGUCAUUGUCAUAUAUCGCUUUUUUACUAUAGCCUCACAGACUAUAGCCCCCCCUUUACCCGCCUCUAC